AUGGGCCCAUAUCCACGAACACCGAGGGGGAACAGGUUCUUGCUUGUAGUAACUGACCUGUUCACCCGGUGGACGGAGGCCUAUCCCUGUCGAAAUGUGCGAGCCGCCACAAUCACCAAGAUCCUGGCACAAGAGUUCUUACCGCGCUGGGGCUACCCGCAGUCAGCCCUCUCCGACAAUGGCAGCCAGUUCUUGGGCCGACAGUGGAGGACUUGGUGCGAUGACCACCAAAUACAGCACCACACCACACCCGCAUACCACCCGCGGGCAAACCCCACCGAACGCCGCAACCAGGAGCUGAAGGCGCAGAUGCGCAUACGCCUCAGCUCAGACCAUGCGCAGUGGGACAAGCACAUUUCAGAUGCCCUGUUCUGCAUGCGCCGUCGGACUACCACCUGGGAACAAUCCGGGGUGUCCGGUCUGCUGAUGCAGCCCCUGGGUGCACACAGCGGGAUGACCUGUGAGCAGAGCGCGAGCCCUACCAGCUGCUGCCACCCCAAGCGCCUCCAGCUUGAACCUGCUGCCAAUGCUAGGGGUGCGACCAUGCUGCGGGGCGCGCUGUGA